AUGCAGGCCCCGGCGCCGUAUCAAGUGCCGGCGAAGGAGAUCAAGGAGGAGAGCAAAAAGGCCAAAGGUGGCCUCCGCUCUAAAGGUACACCGGACGCUAUGUCCGGAGAGACCAGAACUCCCUGUUCUGAAGACGAAGGGGAAGAAGAAGCUGAUAUCCCUUCUCCUCAGGGGAAGAAAAGGACCACCUCUAAAGAUUUUGAGGUGGAGGCUCCUAAGAGAGGGAAGAUGUCCCUAUCAGGCGGUUCGGGUUCGGGGGACGACGUUGCUGCACAGUUCCUUCGUAAUGACAAGCCUUUCGCCGAAUCUCCGGCCCGUAGUCUUCCUCAACAGUCCUCCUCCUCGGGUGACCUGCUUCCGGAGAUGAUGGAAAGCGAGACGCCUCCACAGGCUUCCUCGCCCCUGAGGGCGGACGACUUCGAGGUGUCGUCCCGGAGGGUCUCCCCCGAUCAUCAAGUGGCUGUUAUGUCCAUGGCGACUGCCCACGCUACGGAAGUUGCAGAUUUGAAGCAAAAACUUGAGUCAGCGGAUGAGGACAUUACUCUUGCUAACAGGCGGCUCGACGAGGCACAAGAUGGUGCUGCUGCAGUUGAGACCCAUCGGGCUGAACUUGCCCGAGCCAAGGAGCAAGCCAGACAAACCUUCGAUCGCCUAAGUGAGAUAGCAAAUGAGCUUCAAGGCCUCGGCGCCAAAGACAUCACUGACCAUGAAGUUGUGAAGAAACUGCUUCGAUCUCUUGACAGUUCAUCUGACACACUUGUCCUGAUGAUUCGUGAGCGAGCUAAUUUCAAAACCCUCAACUCUGCUGAUAUUAUGGAGAGGCUGAACACCCAUGAGGAACAAGAAGAAGAGAAAAGAGAUCUCUAUGGCUCGAGUCAGCGUAAAAAUCAUGCUCUCAAGGCUGUAGCUGAUUCUUCCUCCGAUGGAAAUGCCAAAGAAAAUUCAGAUGACCCAGAAAGGCUCAUCAAAGAUCUUGCGUUAAUCACAAAAAGGUUCCAGCGACUUGACAGGAAGAGCCAGUUCCAGAAGAAAGACUGCCCUCUCUGGGAAGCUGAAAUCCGUGCGAGUGGAAGAUAUGAUUCAGGCAACUAUCGAGGCAAAAGCAAGAGCAAGAACUAUGACUCCGAUGAUGAGAAGAAAACGAAUAAGUUCUUCAAGAAGAAGGACAACUCCACUUCAAAAUCUUCGUCAAGAUCUUCGUCAAGGAACCCUUCCAAGUCCUCCUCCAACCGCAAGAAUAACUAUCGCAAGGCCAAGGCGUACAUCGGCAAGGGGAUGGAUUCUGAUGAAGAAGAAUCAUCUGACUCCGAAGAAGCUGAUGAAUCUGAUGAGGAUUCUGACUCCGGCAUGGCUGGCAUAGCAUGUGCCACUUCCCCUGCUGCAAACUUCUUCGGGAACCCAUCAAGCGACUAUGAGUCUCCUGCCUACUGCUUCAUGGACAAGGAAUCAAAAGAAAAGGUAUCCUCCAAACAUCACAAGGUUCACUCCAGUGAUCAAUAUUCUUCUGAUGAGGAUGACCAUGAUAAGUUGAUCAAAAUUGCUAAUAUUCAACAAAACUCUCUCGGGAAAAUUGAGAAAACCCUCAGGAAAUCUGAAGGGUUGUUAGUUGAGGAGAUGGAGAAAAAUCCGUCGUUGACUGAAGAGUAUUCCACUCUCAAGUCAUGA